AGAUUGGGAAGGCUCCAGUUUGUGCUCAGUGAUUGAUGGCGAACACUCAGUGAUUCAAUCUCAUUUCCUUAAUGUCCGAGGAUGGACCGUGCACACCCUCCUCUUUCCACUUAAUGCAAGCCUGUGUCUCACCAAGGGUUAUGGAUUGUGUUUGGUUUCCCUCUCGAGACCUACACAGAUCUCGCUUAAUCCCUGCUCUGCUCGCUCUGCAGGUGUUCAAACAGUCCAUUUGAGUGACCGAUGUGGUCAGGGAGAGAAGAUAAGGACGUCUGAUUGUCGGUUUGUGGAUAAAACACGGCAUGAGAAUGGAGGUCUGUCUGAUUGGCUGGACCCUGAAGCAGAACUCUCUGGUUGGCCCAGGAAAGAUCAUUAAACACCCACACUGUCAAUAGUGGGACCCUCAUGAAAAGCUUCUGUAUCUCAAAGUACGUUCAUUGCUGCAGGGGAUCAUGGUUAUGCUGAAGAUUUCCACUUUCCUCAUUGCCUACGCUUUGAUCAUUUGUCAGAUGUACUGCUCAAACGCAGCUCCAUCCAGGCCUGCUCUGGAGCCCUCACAAGACGAGGCUACACUAACCGACUACGAGGCAAGACGGUUACUAAACGCAAUCAUCAAAGAGUUUGUGCAGAUGACUGCAGAAGACCUAGAUCAACAAGAAACUGAAGAGAACAGCCUGGCUAGACCAAUGUCCAAGCGCUGCUCCAACCUCAGCACCUGUGUGCUGGGCAAGCUGUCACAGGAGCUGCACAAGCUGCAGACGUACCCUCGCACCAAUGUGGGAGCGGGGACCCCGGGCAAGAAGCGCAGCACCGAGGCCAGCGGCGUGUUCGCCGGUUACAGAGAGGCAGUCGAUCGUGUCUAACACCCACUUGCUGGCUUGGUCCUGAUUAUUUGAAUGCUCAAUGCAUGUGGAUCUUAUGGCUUGUCUGAGUGAUUUGACAAAACUCAUUCCUUUUUCAUUUCCAACUUUCUUUGGCAGAUUUACAGGAUAGACUGUUUCACCUUCAUGUUUCUAGUCUAUUUGAAUCCUCAUAUCUCUCUAAUUUCAAACCAUUUAAUCAAACACAGCCCACUUGGGCAGCUCUCGGUAAUGAGCUCUGAUACAGCAGUGCAACAUGCCUCUCCUUUGACUUGACUCUCAUUUAAUAAACCUAUUUUUACAAAGAA